AUGGCCAACUCAGAACACUGCUGGGCUCUUGUUGGUGGUGAUGGUGGUGCCCAUGUUUAUGGGUCUGAGGACUGCCAUCAGACACGAGCCUUCCCCCUUGCAAUCCAAUGUAAAACAAGCUCUGAAACUAGCCACAUUGCAAAAACUCUUCAAGCCAUCAUAGAUACACUUCCACACAAUGCAGACUACAUGCAGAUACUUGCAGCAUUCAACAUUCCAUGUGUACAGACAUUACUGGAAGAUGAAAGUGGUUUUUAUGUGAUUGUCAUUGGUUCACCCCCUGGUAUUCAUCACACAGCAUGA